AUGAAGAUUGCCUUCUGGAAUAUCAGAGGGAUUAGAAGAGCUAUGGCCAAAGAUAAACUAAGAAGUUUGGUGCAUAAUUUUAAUCCAUCUUUAGUGAUUCUAGCAGAACCAAAAGUACAGUACUCUGAGGAUUUUUGUAGGAAAUUAAGACUAAAAGGAAUGCAUUAUGAAGCUAUUCACAACUCAACAAAUUCAAGGAAAGGAAAUUUAUGGAUUUUAUGGAGUUCUUCUAUUCAAAAAUAUUCUAUUAUAUCAAUUACUGAUCAAGCAAUAACUGUGGAGGUGGGGAGUGCACUAAUCACUGUAAUUCAUGCAAACUCAUUAACAGUUCAUAGAAGAGAAUUAUGGUGUGAGAUGGAAGAGGUUAGUUCUUUAAAUAAACCAUGGCUUGCAAUUGGUGACUUUAAUUCAGUUCUCAGAGAGGAAGAGAAAAAGGGAGAAGCAGUAUACAAUGAUAAAUGGAUUGACAGUUAUCCAAGAUGGGCAUAUAAAGUAGGUGCAAGAUGGGUAUCUGAUCAUAGUACUUUAUUUGGGUGGAAUAACUCGAUCCCAAAGCUAACAAAUGUUCCAUUCAUAGCACUCAAGGUGUGGAAGAAUCGUUCUGGUUUCCUACCACUUAUUAAAGAUUCAUGGAGUAAAGCAGUAAAAGAAGAGGAAAUACUGAACUAUACCAUUGCAUCAGACCAAGAACCAGAAAAUACUAUACUCUUAAAUAAGCAGGUAACUGCAAGAGGGAAGGUGGAAGUUAUUUCUCAACAACAAAAAGACAUCAUUCAACAAAAAUCAAGAGUAAUGUGGCUUAAAGAUGGAGCUUCAAAUACUAAAUUCUUUCAUGUUAAUAUGAAAAUAAGGCAAGCUCAGAACAUGAUAGUAGAGUUAGAAGAUGAUGAUGGAAACAUAGUAACUUCACAAAGAGAUAUUGCUUCAAAUCUUGUUGCCCAUUUUGAAGAAAAGUUCAAAUUCUAG